AUGAGACGGCAGUGUACGCCAGAAGAGCCCGCCCCCGUCGAUGGCUCAUCACACAUCUCAACCAUCUCGAGAGGUAUUCGAGGGACUAUAUCGAAGACACGGGUGUUUGGCCACGGGCAUUGGAUGAACACCGUUUCUAUGAUGGACGAACUCUCUGCUCUCCAGCCACUCGGGGAGUUUUAUGAAUCAAUGUUUAGAGCGGAAAAUCAUAGCCACCAUGACAAGAUCUCGAAGACGGUGCUUGAAUGUAAACAGCUCGCUCGCGACUUUAAACGGAAACGUCCAAGUAGAGGGUGUCUCCCGGAUGAUCUCCAUCGGUCCUUUCCUGACCGGAGCGUAAUGGAUGAACUAAUUGAGAUUUACUUUUCUACCUUUGAAUCCUGCUACCGUAUUCUUGACCUCCCUUCGUUCCAGGAGGAAUACAAAAGCUACAUCAACUGUUCAGAAACGGCAAGGGGCCCUUUCUUGCUGCAGCUUGCUCUUCUGAUGACCCUGGCGGGCAAAUUACACGGAGGCGCGAAUAUCCGCAGUGAGAUGACGACAAAAGGGUCCACGUGGAUCCAUAUUGCUCAGACAUGGCUUUCUGCACCACUGGAAAAGGACCGCUUGACCUUGGAUGGCAUUCAAAUCAAUUGUUUAUUGCUUCUUGCCCGUCAAGUGACUCGAAUCGGAGCUGAUUUAGUUUGGAUCUCGGCGGGCUCGCUCGUAAGGAUAGCCAUGCAGAUGGGCUUACACCAGGAUCCAGAUUGUCUUGAGGAGAUGAGCUUAGCACAGAAGGAGAUUCGACGGAGACUAUGGUACACCAUUUUAGAAAUAAAUGUACAGUCGGCAUUGGAUUCGGGCAUGGUACCGAUGAUCACGGAUGCAGACUACAAUACGCAGCCGCCAUCUAACGAUGAGCCAAAAGACAACACGCAAGUAACUAUUUCGAACCGGAUGUCCUUCCAGUCUCUGCUGGUAGAUUCAUUGCCUCUAAGAUUGCGGGCUGUCAGAGUCAUGAACAGCUUACAGGAGGAACCGUCCUACGAUGAGAUUCUAGCCCUUGGAAAUGAACUAGCUUCGGAAUGUGGCAAGGCUGCAAUUGCGAUUGAGCAGGCUGUCUCUGAGAACAACCCACAUUCUAUAGGGUUUGGAUCCAGCUUCUGCAAUCAUCUCCUUCGGCGGUUCGUUUUGUGCCUUCAUUACCCAUAUGCGGUCAAGGCCAAGAAAAAUCCGCUGUAUUGCUACUCGCAGAAAGUUUGUCUUUCAGCCGCCCAAGACCUAGUAGUACUUCUUGAAGACGAUAUUUACCACCGUAUUCUCCUCACUGGGGGUGGCAUGUUCCGCGAUCUCAUCACUUGGGGAGCUAUGCUUAUUUUCCUCGAGCUAUGUCCGGAAUCUGACGCAGAAAACUCAGUCUUCGCAAGGAGGAGCAGCCGCUCUCGGCAGGAGCCACUACUACAAGAUGCUCGUCGCGUGGUGGAGUAUGCAAGAGACAGAAUGUGGCAUGGGGAAACGAAUGUAAAAGUCUAUGUAUGCCUUAAUAUGAUGAUGGCCCUCGCUGAGGCUCGUGUUGACGGUUUGCCCGAAAAAGAGGCUAUUUCGAAGGCUCUACACGAGAGUCUGGGUACAUGCCAUGCUCUUCUAAAGGCCAUGGCUACUGAUUCUUCCACCGACACGACGGAUCCGGUUCUGGAAUCUUGGGCGUCCAGCGGCUUGACGGAGCCCUUGUUUGCUGAUUUGGAUUCCGACUUUGACUUUUUGGUGGACGGACACCUUGAUAUGAGCUUCUUAGACAAUUUGUUCGAUCUGCAGUAA